UGAAUAUAAAAGGUUUGAAGAAACCGGCAGCCGUUCAGUACACGAGAGGCGACGUCGGAGCGCCGAGCAUCGGUCCGCUUUGUCAAUUUAUCAUCCAAAGGGAAGUUAUCCAAACUUGGCGGGAAAAAAAUGUACAUCUAAGAACUUUCGACACAUAUUAUAAUAGAAAGCCGCAAGGAUAUUUAAAAGGAAACUCAAGAUUUGACAAAAGGUGUUGAAGGGAAUUUAUUGACUGAUCGAAAGAACCGCGGCAAAGUUGUGGUUGAAAUCGAGAUAGUUGUCGAAAUAGAAAGCUAAACAACAAAAGAACUAUACGAAGACAACUAGUGUAACAGUAGAAUUCAUAUAAAAUGUCUCUAACUGACGCGAUAUUGACUGGUCUACCAGAUGAAACCAGUUUAACAACACAAGACGGAUCAAUGAGACAUUCUCGUGGAGAAGAAAUUGAAGAUGUAGUAACUACUAGGAGUUUCUUUAACAAAAACGGCGCAAGUUUCCCGAUGAAGUUAGCUGAAUUAAUGGUUCUUCAUCGGGCGACGAAGGCGCUCUCGACGGCUUGUAAUAUCGGAAUAUUCGACUAUUUAGACAGCGCCAAUUCACCAAAAUCUGCCACGGAAAUCGGCGAGCAUUGUAAGGCAAGCGUGAAUGGUACAUCACGACUAUUACACGCGUGCGUUGCCUUGGACCUGCUAAGGACUGUUGUCUCGGAUGGAGUCGAGCUCUUCGAGUUAACGGCAGAUUCGAGAAAGUACCUGACGUUGAACGGGCCAGAAGCGUUGCGCGGUGAAAUCGCUUGUAUCGACAUGGAGUACAAUCUGACUGGAAAUCUCGAACACGCAGUUAGAGACGGAACGACGCAAUGGCCUCGAACUCUCGGCCUUCCCGAAGGUGGGAAUCUCUUUGACGUCGUAUACUCCAACGAAAUGUUCACUCUUCAAUUUUUGGCCGGAAUGCACGGGGUAUCGAAUGUAGCUAGCCCAAUUUUAGUGAAAAGCAUCGAUCUUGGCGAGUACAACAAGGCUUGCGACUUAGGAGGAGGAACAGGAGCAUUUGCAUACCAUGCUGUAGCCCAAUAUCCAGAGAUGACCAUGUCGAUACUCGAGCUACCUCCAGUUGUCCAAGCUUCACCCCAUUUCACCCCACCUAACCUACCAAUGUCCCAGAGAUCCCGAGUUCAGUUCAUUCCAGGAGAUUUCUUCAAAGAUGACCUUCCUCCAGCACAACUGUAUGUUAUGGGAAGGAUCUUACAUAACUGGGGAGAGGAUUUGUGUGAUAUUCUGUUAGAGAAAGCAUACAAAGCACUGCCACCAGGCGGAGCCGUUCUUGUGGUCGAAGCCGUGCUAAACGAUGAUAAAAGUGGUCCAGUAAGAGUCCAUCUCGAGUCACUGGUCAUGUUAGCAGCAACUGGCGAUGGCCGAGAGAGAAGUGGUAAAGAGUACACUGAACUACUUAUGAAACAUGGUUUUGUGGAUGUGGAAGUCUACAGAGAAGGCACUCUAUUGGACGGCGUUUUGGCAAGGAAACCAAUGAAUUAGCUUCAUCUCGUACGGGAACCUUUUUAAACUAGCCUUCUUAACUUUGAGCGCAUAAAAAUCACUGGACUAUAAAUAAUCUGGAGAGCCUGCUCGUAAUUUCCUUUGAUUUUUUGUCGGCAAUUUUUUUGCCUUUAUUUUUUUGUGCCGAGCACGUCUUCCAGAUAUUAUAGAGUUCAGUGUUGAAAAUGCGUUGUAUAUAAAAUUCUGUGUAAAAUACGUUGUUUUGUUGAUGUAAAUAUUUAAGUUAUCUUAUCUUAAAAAGAUAUUAGCAAACAUUAAUGUAAUUUAUUCUCCAGU